AUGUCCAGGAAUGACCAGAUUUGGCUUCUCUUGCCAAAUCUUGCCGCCUUCAGCCCGUUCCCAUCUUUUCCAGAUGGGAAGUCCUCCGAGAGAUCUUCUGGAGAGGUGGAAUCUCCCAACAGCCAAUUGGACUUGAAGAACAAGAAGCAACGCAAGGCUCGAACUGCCUUCACGGAUCAUCAGCUUCAAACCCUGGAGAAAAGCUUCGAGAGACAAAAGUACUUGAGCGUCCAGGACCGAAUGGAACUCGCUGCUUCCCUCAACCUCACUGACACCCAGGUCAAAACCUGGUAUCAGAACCGCAGGACGAAAUGGAAGAGGCAGACGGCGGUUGGACUGGAACUGCUGGCAGAAGCAGGGAAUUACGCGGCGGUGCAGAGACUGUACGGGGCGGCAGCAGCCGCAGCUGCCACCACCCCCUACGCCGCCUGGCCGUAUUCUAGUCCUCACCCGAUGACGAGCCCAGCGGUGAGCCUCUCUGCCAUGGACCUGUACCUGCGGCAAACGGCGGCGGCAGGGGUGCUCAAGAAGCCUCUUCCGUAUCGCUUGUACCCUCCUCCGUUCAGCCUUGGGUUCGGUCCGCUCCUGAGCCCGGGUGUGGGAUCCUCCAGUCCUCCCACUCUGAACCCGAUGGCGACGACGAUUCCGACUGCUCCGGGCCCGAGACCCCAUCCCGAAUCCCCAUCCAGUCCCAACCCGAAAGUGUCCCCAAGUGCUCCCAAUUCCUCCUCUGCUAGUCCUGUGAAUCUCAGCGCGCUUACUGCUUCGGCUGCACUCUCUUCUAUGAUCAGAUCUGAAUCCACCAGUCGAGUGUGA